UCAAGCAGUAUCUUCAGCGCGUGCUAUAAUAUCAAAGGGUGGAAAAAAGAAAACGAAAGUACUUCUCCAUCUUUGGAUGUCCUUUUAAAAUCAGAAAUAACCAUUUGCCGUCUAGAUUUACUGUGUCAUAUUGGAUUAUCUCCCUGUCAGAAUCAAGACGGAUGUACCUGUUAUUAGUGUAAAGAUGUACACCGAUGUGCUGACAGAUGUCCAGAGAGAUUGGUGUUUGCAAGGCCCUGCAGUGACCCCUUGAGAAGGUCCCCUAUGAACUCCCAUCAGAGGUCUUGAAGAACAUUGGGAGUCCCAGCCUCACUACAGAUGAGCUUUGACAGCACGACAAAGGGAUGUCGCAGGUGUUUCUCCUAACCAUGCUAGCAUUCUCAGCCAGUCAGGGAUUUUCAGCUAAAAUCAUGAAUGUUCUGGUGGAGAACUGGGAAAGCUACAAGGAAGAGUGUGCCAGAAACAUCAGCAGGGACCCUGUCUUCACAGUACCAGUGUGCAACCGUACCUUUGAUAAAUAUGCAUGUUGGCCUGAUGGGACUCCAAACACAACAGUCAAUGUCUCCUGUCCGUGGUAUUUGCCGUGGUAUGACAAAGUCCAAACAGGAUUUGUGUCUCAGAGGUGUGGCCCGGACGGGGAAUGGGUCAGGAAAGACAAUGGGGAGCCCUGGAGGGACACGACACAGUGUGAUCGUGACGACAAGGAGCAGGAGUGGCUUGGGAAGAAACUGAAAAGUUUCGAGAUCAUGUACACAGUGGGCUACUCUGUGUCGCUGGGUGCUCUGACUUUAGCACUGGGGAUUCUCAUAGUUUUCAGGAAGUUGCACUGCAUGAGGAACUACAUCCACAUGAACCUGUUUGUUUCGUUCAUCCUGCGUGCCAUGUCAAUCCUCAUCAAGGACAUGCUAUUCCGAUCAUGGGUGUAUGGCAACAAGCUCCAUGAAGACUUAAAGAUCCCGCUCUGGUUCAACGAUGAGGCUGAGGUUGGGUGCAGAGCUGCCCUGGUGCUGAUGCAUUACAGCGUUGUGUCCAAUUACACCUGGCUGCUGGUCGAAGGCAUCUACCUACAUAACCUGCUGGUCAUCACUGUUUUCAGAGAGAAGAGCUACUUCAAUAUUUAUGUAUGUAUAGGAUGGGGAGCACCCCUUUUAUUUGUUGUGCCCUGGAUCGUUGUUAAAUACAUGUUUGAAAACGUGCAAUGCUGGGAACAAAACGUGAACAUGGGGUUCUGGUGGAUCAUUCGGUCCCCAAUAAUAUUCUCUAUCUUGAUCAACUUCUUCAUUUUCAUCCGAAUAAUACAAAUUCUUGUGUCAAAGCUAAGGGCCCACCAAAUGCGAUACACAGAUUACAAAUUCCAACUGGCCAAGUCAACACUGAUCCUGAUCCCAUUGCUGGGGAUCCACAAGCUGGUUUUAGCCCUUGUGAUGGACGAGCACGCCAAGGGCACACUGCGUCAUGUCAAGCUCUUCUAUGAGCUGUUCUUCAGCUCCUUCCAGGGCUUGCUGGUUGCUAUUUUGUACUGUUUUAUUAAUAAAGAGGUGCAGUCGGAGCUUCUGAAGAAGUGGAAGCACUGGAAGCUGGGCCAGAUUAUCGAAGAGGAGUACCGGCACACCUACAGCCAAACGCCACAUGGUAAGAAUGGCAACAGUGUACCCGCCCCACCUGCCAGUGAGAAACACAAGCUGGUGAGCAGAUACCAGAAUGGCACAGGCAAGACCAAGAACAGCCUGCAGGCUCCCACACAGAAUAGCCAGGGGAGCUGCAGCAGCAUGGUUACCGAGCAGAUCAGCCUGGCUGAGAAAAUGCACUGCUGUGAGUUCCCUCAGGAGAACGACGAGAGCAGCUUCUGACAUGCCAUCAUGGUGGGGAGCAAAACCCAGAAGAGGAAAUCAAAUAACAAUUCAAAGAACUGAGGACCUGGCUGGGGCCUGUAUGCUGUAAGCAAGCCUCAGUUUCCAGGCUGGGAAAAUGAAGGUAUUCUAGCCUUUUGAAGACAGCUUUUCAACACGUCAAGCUGCCUGCAACAAUCAAGGAUUCAACAUGAAGCCUUUUUCAAAGCCGAAUUGAGGCAAUCAAAGGCCUGUUUCAUGGUUUGUAGAGAAGUCUUAAAUCCUACCUUUUCUUUAACUGUGAAAACCAUGGCUUUGCAGUGUUGGCUAAGAACUGAAACACUGUAAAUUUAAUAAUAAUGCUUUUAGCAGCAGCUAUCAGAUGGUGAUUUUGCCGACAGAAGGACCCAGCUUUUAUUUUUUGUUUGUUUGUGGUAAAGCACUUAGGCUGCCGGCUUGACUAUGGCCAUCAGAACUCUGUUCCUAGUUUAUCCUAUGAGGUACAGAUAGGUGCAGCAAAACUUGGUAAGAGUCUUAUGAAAUGUUAUCAGAUUUAGGGCUGCUGUACAUUACGGUGAGGACUACACAUGUUUAGUAGUGGCUAUUACUUGCCAUCGUUUCCAGUUUUUCUACAGUAUGCUUCCUUAAUUGCAUACUAUUGUGCUGUUGUCUUCACAUUGCUUUCUAUAGUAUUAUUUUUUACAUGUGAAAAAAGGAAGAAGGAAGAGAGAACACAGAACAGACAAGCACAAUAGUAAUCCACAUAUCAACCAAUAUGAAGACCGUCUUCAAUGAAGUCUAUAUUUUUCUGUAAUAGCCCUUGGAAAUUCGUCUAAGCCAAUGUCAUUCAAUUGAAUGAUUUUUCCUCUCAGCUGGAGAGAAGGUAAGUGCAUGUGUUGAAUUAUCGUCACACCAAGCCAAAAGGCAACUCUUACUGUUGAACUCUGUUGAAUGUUGAGAAUGGUUUCUGUGGCGAGUGUUAUUCUGGGUACUGUACGAGAUUCAUUGUAUGCUUGCUUGUAGGGAAUGUGAGGCUCUUAGAGCUGGCAAACAAUGAUCAAUCAGAUACUGCACCUUUUUAAAGAGGUCAAGACAGCUCAGCCCUACAGAUCUUAUUUUCAUAUUGGUAACCUUAAGAAAACACAGAAAACUGUGAGUCCUGGAAUCCUAUCAGUAGGACACCUCUACCCUGAGUGAAGAAAACAGGGGGUCACAGAUAAUGCAUCGCAUAUUUGUUUUUAAUUUAAUUUAGCAAAUAAGGUUGUGAGCCAAAGUUUGUUGGUUUUGUUUUGCUUAUAUUAUACAGAUUUUUUUUUGUAUUAUUUAAAUUUAUACUAGGGACUGCUCUUUUCAAAGAUUAGAUGAUAGCAUGAUCAAGUUUUAAAAUCUGUGCCUUUUUUUACGGAAAAAAAUGUACCCUGAAAUAUAUACAGAUUUUUUGUAUUAUAGUUUGCUUGGAGCCAUCUGCAGUAAGGCUACAAUGUAAGUGGAUGUGUAUGGUACAGUAUAAGUAACUGUUAUGCUUGGUAACAAUAUUAAGUAAAAGAGAAAUAAUGAACAAAAAGAAGCAAGUAAAAUUGGAAGAAAAGUCAACAUACAGAGUUUCAUUAUUUCUAAAGCUUGAAAGCACUGGUCAACAGGCAGGUCCAAAUGUUUUUAUGACAAACCAAACAAAUAUGCCUAACAGCUUCUGUUUGAAUUCCUCCCGGGUGUUGCACUGCCCAUGAAAGGGAUUCUUGUUAAGAUGAAAAGAGGUCCUAAACUUUUUUAUCCAGCAAUGCUUGCUUUACGGUUCAUUACUCAGCCUCCCUUGGUUUUUUGAUAAUUUGCCCUGACUGUCUUUACGAGCUGUUUGUAUAAUGAUAAGAAUAUCAGACUAAAUGAAUACUGUAGUGUUGUUGUCUAUCUGCAGCUUAUCCUGAGGGGAUGGUUAAAACAGAACUGCAGCUGCAAGUGAACCUAGGUGACUUGUGACUAAUUCAAUUAAUUUCAAUUUUUUGCUGGCAGCAUUUGACCUGAAAUCAUAUCUAGUG